GAUUUGUUGCCUGGCUAGAGCACGUGCUGGGCGUUUAGACCCCGCCCCCCUUUGUAGUUACGCCGCAACUGUUGAAGCAGCGGUAACUACGUCGAGGAAGCGUUAGUGUCUAGGAGCAUUCUGAUCACUUUGGGGGAAGUCAGAGAAGGCAGGCGGGGCCUGAGCCCACGCUUGCUAAGAAAGAAGUCAGUACAAGAAUUUAAAGACUGCUGUUGUACAUCCAAGAGCCAACUUGGGCCCAGUCCACUUAAGAGCUUCAAAAUUGGAAUUCUGUACUGAGAAAGAUCUUGUACAGGUCUCUUGCAGGUAACCACAGUUGCUGUGAAUUUAUGAGUGCAUAGCUGUAUGUCUAAAAGGCAGCAUUUCAUGAUGUAUAAGUUAGACCUUGCACCAGAUCCCAAGGAGUUAGCAGCCAUCGAGGCUAGAAGAAAUCGUGAAAAGGAACGACAAUGCCGAUUCUUCAAUGUGCGGAACCGAGUCAUGGGGGUGGAUGUGGAAGCCCUCAACUACCAGGUGGAGGAACGAAAGUUACGGGAGGCAAUAGAGCGAAGUAAAGAUAUGGCUUAUGGUACCAAGCAUGCACACUAUGAUCUGGUAGCACAGAUGCUAGAGAAAGAAGAGGCAGAACGAGCAUGUCGGCUGUCCAAGAGAGUACAGGAUUUUCGGGAGCAAAGGCAGCAAUUUAAGAAUGGACACGAAUUCGACUUCUGGGAUCCAGACCAUGUCCAGGAGUUUCAGGUCCCUUAUUAUGAGAAUGAGGCAUACUUUGGCCCAGCAAGCAUGCAGUACUUCCUUGGAGAGGACCUGGAGAGGGCCUCACACCUGAGAAUGCAGCAGGAACAGUUGAGAUACAACCUGGAGAAACAGCUGCAGGAGCAACAGGCAGCCAGAGAAGAGGAGGCACGAGCAGCUUUGCUCAGUGACCAACUGCGCCUAGCCGCGGACACUCGGGCUGCUGAACUGGCUAGGCUGGAGGAAUCCUGCCGCGCAGCUAUGAGGACUGCUAUGGCCAAUGCCAACAAAGCCCAGGCAGCUAAGCAAGCCCUGCUGCAGCGCCGUGAACAACAGCAGCAACAGGAGGCGAACCUUGCAGAGAUCAAGAAACAAGUCACCAGUGACCUGCUGACGGAGAAUCCUCAAGUUGCUCAACGCUCCAAUGCUCCUCACCGGGUCCUGCCCUAUUGUUGGAAGGGCAUGACUGCAGAGCAGAGAGCUGCCAUCAGGAAAACCCAAGAAAACCAACGACAAGAGAAAAAGGAACAGCGCCAAGCCGAAAAGCUCGUGGAAGCCGAGUGGGGAAGCCAAAGCAAACGGUUGGCUGAAGCAGCACUGGAGCUGGAAGAACAGGAGAGGGAAUUGUGUGCAGAAUUUCGAAGAGGACUGGGCUCCUUCAACCGGGAGUUAGCUAAGGAACAGCAUGCUCAGCAAAACUAUCUGAAUUCAGUCAUCUACACCAAUCAACCAACUGCACACUAUUACCUACAGUUCAACACCAGCAGCCGCUGAACUCAGGAUGGUCACCUCCCGUCUCACCUAUCAAUCUCACAGGUGGCCAGGAGUCAAAAAAUGCUACAUACCCCCAUUUCUAAUCUCAGUAAGAGGGAACUAAUUCCCCCAUUUCUAAUCUCAGUAGGAGGGAACUAAGCCCAAACCUCUUUCUACCCUACGUAAUAAAGUUGUUCACCACAAUGAACAGUA